CACUUUGCCCAGAUACUGAGCUGCGUGUCUGUCUCUACAACUUUCCACCGAAAACUAUAAUAAAACACAACGUAACCUUUAGUUUUGAAGCCGUGUUUGAUGGACAGUAACGUGUGAAGGUGUAUUCGCCGGUUCAGCUUUAUUACAAGAACACUAGAUAAGGAAACGAACCGUAAACAACACGGUUAGCCAACUCCGAAGCAACAAUGUUCUGGCAUUUAAAGUAAGCUAACUGACAUCUGUCGACUCUGACCUCCUGGACAGGUCUCCAGCUCCAGCAGGCCUCACACUAUGGAGCGCAGUGCACCCAAACAGUGCUCCUGGGAGAUGAAGGAGAGGCUUGGGAUGGGAGGCUUUGGGCAUGUCUACCUAUACCAGCACCUUGAGUUGGGAGAGAAGAUUGCUGUGAAACUUUGCCGCCUGGAGCUGAACUCCAACAACAAAGACCGCUGGAGCAGAGAGAUUCAGAUCAUGAAGAAGCUGAACCAUGUGAAUGUGGUUCAGGCCAGAGAAGUUCCAGAAGAGUUGAGCCCCAUUGCUUUAAAUGACUUACCUCUGUUGGCCAUGGAGUACUGCUCAAGAGGAGACCUACGCAAGGUGUUGAAUAAACCAGAAAAUUGCUGUGGGCUAAAGGAGAGUGAAGUCCUCUCGCUUCUCAGUGACAUUGGUUCUGGUAUCCAGUAUCUCCAUGAAAAUAAGAUAAUUCACCGAGACCUAAAGCCAGAGAACAUAGUUCUGCAGGAGAUUGAUGGGAAGCUUGUUCAUAAAAUCAUAGAUCUAGGUUAUGCAAAAGACCUGGAUCAGGGAAGUCUCUGUACAUCCUUUGUUGGAACUCUCCAGUAUCUGGCUCCAGAGCUGUUUGAGAGUAAACCCUACACUGUAACUGUGGACUACUGGAGCUUUGGGACAGUGAUCUUUGAAUGCACUUGUGGCUUUCGCCCCUUUUUACACCACAUGCAGCCUGUACAGUGGACAAGUAAAGUCAAGAACAAAGGUCCCAAAGACAUCAUGGCCGUGGAGGAUAUGAAUGGAGAAGUCAGAUUCUCCACACAUCUCCCGUAUCCCAACAAUCUCAGCAGGCCACUGUUGGAGCCAACCGAGUCUCUUCUGCAGAUGCUGUUACUGUGGGACCCUGCUGCACGUGGUGGAGGGCUGGAUCCAGACACAAACAAGCCGUGCUGCUACACAGUUCUACAGAAUAUUCUCAAAAUGAAGGUGAUUCAUGUGUUGGACAUGACGUCAGCCCAGCUGCACUCGUUGGUUUUGGGUGCCGAGGAGAGCUUACACUCCCUGCAGCUUCGUCUGGAGACACACACUCAAACACACAUCUCCCCGCUGAGUCAAGAGCUGCUGCUGGAGACGGGAAUCUCCCUCGACCCACGCAGACCGCCCUCUCACUGUCUGCCAGAUGGAUUGCGAGGCUGGGACAGCUCCAUAGUUUUCCUGUUUGAUAAGAGCCUGACCAAGUACUCUGGCCCACUGACUGCCAGACCUCUGCCAGACAGUGUCAACUUUAUAGUGAGGGAGACGAAGACUCAACUCCCACUGUCUGCACUAAGAAAGGUGUGGGGGGAAGCAGUCAGCUACAUCUGCGGACUGAAAGAGGACUACAUCUGCCUGUACAGGGGGCAGAGAGCGGCCAUACUGAGUCUGCUGCGUUACAACACCAACUUAACACGAUACAAGAACCUGCUGUUCUCCCAGUCGCAGCAGCUCCGAGCCAAACUGGCCUUUUUUAAGACCAGCAUCCAGCACGACCUUGAGCAAUAUACCAAACAGAGACACACCGGCAUCUCUUCAGAAAAAUUGCUGAAGACCUGGCAGGAAAAUGAAGAGAAGGCUGAUGGGUUUAUGAAGGUUGCAGAUGUGGCGUAUCUGGAUGAAGAGAUAGUGGCUGUACAUUUUGAGAUUGUGGAGUUGCAGAGGAGUCCAUUUGCGAGGAAACAGGAGGAUGUAAUGGAACAGCUUGAGGAAAAGGCCAUUGAACUCUACAAGCAACUGAAAGCAAAAUGCAAAAGUCCUGACCCUCCGCACGGCUACAGUGACAGCUCUGACAUGGUGAAGACCAUACUCCAAACAGUUCAGAACCAGGACAGAGUGCUGAAAGACUUGUACACUCACCUGAGUACAAUUCUGGUGUGUAAACGUCGCAUUGUUGAUUUAUUCCCUAAGUUGGAGAGGGCGGUAGGGAACAUAAAAACUGCAGAGGCAGCCGUGAUGCAGAUGCAAAUGAAGAGACAGAAAGAGUUCUGGUACCUCCUCAAGAUUGCCUGUGCCCAGACCAAUUCUCCAUCGCAGUCACUUACACAACGACCCUCAGACAGUGAAACUGUUGAUCAAUUACUGGAUGAGAAUCAGCGUUAUCUGAGUCAACUAACUUCUCUUCUGCAAGACACCACCCAGGAGAUGGAGCACAGUGUCAUGGAGCAGGACUGGAGCUGGACUGAGUAUGGAGCAGUGAAAGCCUGUCCUCAGAAGCUGGAGAGGUUGACCAAAGACUCAGUGUUAUGAGUCAAUGAUGUAUACUGUAAACAAGUGCCUUAUCAGAGUUACACUAUCUGAAAGCUUUGUGAUUCUGUACUGUGUCAUUUACAUACAAGUAAUGCUGUAAGACAAUGUGUGAAACAGCAUCAUGUGGUAAGCUGUUCAUGUUUUAACUUAAAUGUAUAUUGUUGAAAUUUAAAAGCUGUUUCCAGCUUUAACUGACACUUAUUUAUUUUAUUGGUAAUAUUGAUUAGAAUAAAUAAUUGCUGCUGACAAACUAUGCAUGAUGGAAUGUGAAUAAAUUUGAUCCAUGUAUGGCA